AUGCCUACGCAAUCCAGUCCUUUGAAUUCGCCCAGCACGGAAAACAACGACGAUGAUCCUAAUGCCAUGGAUUUCCUCACGCCUACCCAAGGUGACGAAGGAGCCGAUCAUCACGAUGACUUGUUGGAAGAUAAUGCGCACUCGCACCUGCAACAAAACAAACCAAUCCCCAUGCAAAAAAGAAGAAGAGUAACCCGCGCAUGCGAUGAAUGCCGCCGGAAGAAAAUCAAAUGUGAUGGGAAGCAGCCCUGUACACACUGUACAGUUUAUAGUUAUGACUGUACUUAUGACCAACCGUCAAAUCGUCGCCGCAACCCGACCCCGCAACAUAUCGAGGCAUUGGAAAACCGCCUUCAUAAAGCAGAAGCCAUUCUUCGAGUCUUGGCGCCCGAUCUGGAUCUCAGUGACCCCAGCCUAGACACUGCCAGUUCGCAGGACAUCAUCACAGCAUUCCGCCGUCAACAGCCUCGCGGCAAUUCCCCUCCCAGACCCGUUCCCAGUACGACAACGCAGGAGCCCAGUACCGAAUGCGCGGAUGAAUCGCUGCUCGAGACCAUGGUGGAAAACUCCGGUUCGCUAGACCUUGACGACCAAGGGCACUGGGAUUACCAUGGCCAUUCAUCUGGCGUCAUAUUCAUGCAGCGUCUACGGAAACAAUUCGGAAACUUGGUCCUUCCAUCUCAAAAUUUGUCCAGGCCACGGCCUAUAUCGCAGAUUUUAGAAACUCCCAAGUCGCAGUCGGAAUCACCACAAGACUCGCACAAUUCAAAUUUCCCCCCAACCCACGACCUGCCAUCAAAAGAGGUUGCAGAGAGGCUUUGUCAUAACACAUUCGACCAUGCGUGCAGUCUCAUGCGUUUUGUGCACGAACCCUCGUUUUUUGCCAUGCUAGAACGGAUUUAUGCUAGUUCUUGGGACCAAUUCACCAAUGAUGAACACACCUUUUUGCCCCUUUUAUAUGUGGUCAUGGCUGUUGGAUGCCUGUUUUCGGACGACGUUCAAAGCACCUUGGACGUGGCAGGUUAUGAAGGUGCAAUUGGGCAAGGCUUUCAAUACUUUAGAGCUUGUCGACAGCUACUUGACAUCACAGAUUGCCGUGACUUGACCUCUAUACAGGCCAUUUGUUUCAUGAUUUUGUUCCUUCAGUCAUCCGCAAAGCUCAGUACCUGCUAUUCGUAUGUCGGCAUUGCUCUGCGUUCGGCUCUCCGCCUCGGUCUUCAUCGAUCAGUGGCAGCCAACUUUAACCCCGUCGAACGGGAACUUCGAAAGCGAAUCUUUUGGGUUGUGCGAAAAAUGGAUGUCUACGUCAGUACCCUUCUGGGUCUUCCGCAAAUGGUGAGCGCCGAGGAUAUCGACCAAGAAUAUCCUCUAGAGAUCGAUGAUGAAUUUAUAAACGCUGCCGGCAUUCUACCAAUGCCUUCAGAUCGAACAUCGUUGAUGGCAGGCGCAAACGCACACACUCGUCUGGUAGAUAUCAUCGUCAAGGUGGUCAAAUAUAUCUAUCCUGUGAAACCUGCCAAACAUCAGACAAAGUCUGGUCACACCUACAUGGUUAGCCAUUCCAAAAUUAGAGAAAUUGAGCGAGACCUACAGGCAUGGAUGGAAGCUUUACCUUCGACCCUGAGACCAGGCGAUGAGGUCCCCCCUGAGUUAGAACGGAUGCGACAGUUGCUCCGAAUUAGCUAUGCUUACGUUCAGAUGAUCAUGUACCGUCCCUUUUUGCAUUAUGUCUCGAAUGGCUUCCAGACACAGGGAAUCGAUAAACGGUCUUAUGCAUGUGCUGCCGCUUGUGUCAGUGUCUCACGAAAUGUGGUCCAUAUUACGGCGGGGAUGUAUAAAAAGAGCCUCCUCAAUGGGUCGUACUGGUUUACCAUGUACACGACAUACUUUGCUAUUCUCUCACUGGUUUUCUUCGCACUGGAAAACCCAGAUCUGCCGGGAGCAAAGGAAAGUGUACUCAAAGACGCCUGGGAAGGUAAAAAUACUCUGGCAGGGUUGGCAAAGAAAAGCAUGGCAGCCGAUAGGUGUGCUCAAAGCCUCAACUCCCUGUUUAAGCAGCUUCCUGAAAAAUUGAAGAAGCGUACAAAUGCAGCGGCUCAACCUGUGAACCUGAAACGGCCAAACCCGUCAAACGUAGGCACUCCACCUACACGACCGGCACAACGGCCCUCGUCUAUAUCCCUGCCGUUCGGGGCACCGCAGCGAUCAAAUUCGUUUCCGUUACAGCCGAACACAUCGCAGUCGAGAAAAGUAUCGGAAGCCAGCACUGCUACUACAACAACAAGCGUCGAUGACCAUCGCAUACCCGACAGGUCGCAAACCUGGAAUCUCAAUGCAGGCCUUGUCAAGGCCGAGACUUUUGCAUCGCCGUCGCCCGUGCUGUCGAAUGAGCCGAGCGCAUUUUCUAGCCAAAGUCAGCCUCACAGUCGACAGCCAUCGAUGUCACGAGGACUUGACUCUGAUCGGGCGUUGCCGGACCUCAUGCCUAUUAUGUUCCCAUCAGACGAUCCAUUUGCUUAUCCAACUCAACCGCUGUCAACACUUGAGGACAGACAUUUCAAGGACGACAUGCCAGGAUCGUCGAUGCAGUAUCUGCAGGACUCGCUUCUGCAGGGUAACACGACUUUGUCCAAUGGGAACACGUUCAUGAGCCCUACGACGGGCUUUGAUAGUUACCAAGGGCUAUACGGGCUGCCUAGAAACGUUCCAGCGAGAAUGCCUUCAGCGAUUCCUCCGCAGCUACAACAGCUGGGAGUGCAAUCUCAACUGCAAUCUCCGAGCUCAUCGACACCUGAGAAGAUCCAGAGCCCUGACCUGGUGUCUCUUCCUCAACAAUAUGUGUGGCAAGGCUUUGGUUGUUUGGGUAAUGGGGCGAGUCAGCAACCGGUCUCUGGGUUGAAAGAUGCACCGGUCGAUGUUGGGGUGGGCAACGAGUUUACUUGCAUGGGAAUGGGGUUUGACAUGGACGUCAACCUUGAUGAUGUUUUUGGUAACGUUGGAACCAAUGCGGGCAAUAACAACGCCAUGAAUGAUGAUUGGAGUCAGUGGAUGAAUACCGGAUCUUAG